CGCACUGCUGUACGACUAAAGCUGAAGGACAUUUGUGAUCAUUAUGAUCAAUUUCAGAACAUUAUACUGAUUAAUCAUAGGGCCAGCUGGACAGUGAUUGUCAAUCUAUCUACUUUUUUGACUCAAUAUAUAGUGCAGCGGGGGUUUUCCCGUUACAAUUCCUUUAACCAUGAAAUAUAUUGCAGUAGUUACUCUCAGUCUGGUAUGUGUAGCUGUUAUUGGCGAGAAUGUUCCCCUCGGAGGACUCGGUAAAACCAAACCCGCCACUCCAGAGAUCCAAGAGCUUGUUGAUUCGAUGCGUGGUGACAUCUUACGAAAGCUCCCCCCGGGAUAUGCCGGAGGACAGGAUUUGCUACUGAAUGCUCAUUCCUACAGACAACAAGUUGUAGCCGGCAUGAACUAUUUCAUCAAGAUUGAAACAGGACAUAUGAGAUUCAUUCAUGUAAGAAUUUACAAGGAUCUGGAUGACGUCGCUUCUGUUUUCGGUGUCCAGUUGCAAAAGUCUAGGGAGGACUCAAUCGAAUAUUUCUAAGAAUAUGCAAAUAACAUGUUAAUUGAAGACAUAAAAUAACAACAACAAAGAA